CGAAGCACAAGAAAUGCGCGCGUCGGAUCAUUCAUUCCACAACGGGCGCCGUCAAAGAAUAUUGAACCAUGGAUGUCCUACGUCAGCCCAGUAACGACACAUUGGCGACUGGAGCAGCGGCGGAAGUCGUGGUUCCGGCGACGUCGAUGGUGGUCAGGUUGUUCCUGUUGUGCGCCAUCGUGCUGGCAGCCACCAUGGCUUUCGUCGGGGGAUGGCUGGGCACACUCUACCUCUUCAAGACCGAUCUCUUCCAGAGGUACAGCCCACUGGUGCUGCAGGCCAAACACCUCGGCAUCGUUGGUAACUUCAACAACAACGCCACCUUUGGCUCCAGAAUGAACGACAAAAGUAGCGCAGUGGCAGUCACCAGAGAUGGCACUCUAGCCACGAUUAUUAACAGCACCGUUUACGAACCUGAUUGGUAGCGAUUGAUUUUGACGACAUAUUCAUUUGUGCCCUGUAUGGAACAUCACCGAGGCCUCGAAAGAACGGGGACAGAAACAUUAAACAUUGGACUUUACUCGG